AUGGAUGCCGGCUGCUCCUUGAGAGUAGUCAUCGUCGGAGCGGGCAUGGGCGGACUGGGGACUGCUAUCUGUUUAGCCCGGGCAGGCCACAAAGUGGUCGUACUCGAGCAAGCCCCGGAUUUUGUAGAGAUCGGAGCCGGGGUGCAGGUUCCUCCCAACUCUGCGAGAGAGCUGGUGCGCUGGGGUCUCUUCGAUCAGAUGGACAAAGUGUGUUCACGACCAUCUCGAAUAAAUUAUCGAGAUUGGAAGACGGAGACAACCCAAGGCUUCACCGACAUGACGAACUGGCCUGCAAGGUUCGGUGCACCGUAUUGGCAGAUAUUUCGGCCAGACUACCACGAGAUACUGUUACAGGCUGCCUUAGCACUUGGGGUCCAAGUUCGGAAAGGCUGUGAGGUCCUUGCAUACGCGAUAGAAGAGUCUUCGGUCAAGCUUGCCUCGGGAGAAGUGGUCCAAGGCGACCUCUUGAUCGCCGCAGAUGGCGUCAAAAGUCUCGCCCGGCAGGCCAUGGGCAGAAAAGUUGACCCGCACGAAACUGGGGAUACCUGCUUCCGCGUUGUAAUCCCAGCUGAGAAGUUGCUCGCGAAUCCGCGACUGCGGCCUCUUUCAGAACGCCCGGGCUUCGAACAGUUCCUGGGACCCGACCAUCACAUCAUCGGAUACAACAUCCAGAAGCAAAGGUCUUUCAAUCUGCUCAUGGUGAUCCCAGAUGACAGAACAAUGGUCGGCUUCAAAGCACCAUCAACUGCCAGCGAGGUGCGCCACGCAUUCAGUGGCUGGAGCCCGAUGGUCCAAGAUCUUCUCUCCUUUCUACCCGAAAACGUCGAGCGCUGGCGUUUGAUUGAUUUGCCGCCCAUCGAAGAUUGGGUGCAUCCAUCCGGGCGCUUUGUGCUCAUCGGUGAUGCGGCCCACGCAACUCUCCCGUACCUUGCUCAGGGUGCUGCCAUGGCGAUUGAAGACGCUGCGACUCUUGGAGUGCUGUUGUCGCACGUCACAUCGCCCAGCGACCUGCCUCAGCUGCUUCAGUUCUUCUACGAGCUUCGCGUAGACCGAGUCCACGCUAUUCAGCGUGGCUCGUGGACAAAUCGUUUUUUCAUCCACAUGGGUGAAGGCCCCAUGCUCGACAUGCGAAGCGAGGUUUUUGGGGUAGGGGACUACGCUGGAAGUCCCAACUACAUGGGAAACACCUUGUUUCAGGAUUAUCUGUAUGGCUUUGACGCCACGCGACACGCAGAGAAAGCAUACAACCGGAAAUUUGGUUCAAAAAUGUGA